UGUGCGUGUUGUAUGUGUGUGUGUGUUGCGCGCCGCCGAGCAGGUUAAGUAGCUCGGUUACACGGAUAAUAUCUCCGCGCAGUGUUAUGAAAGGGGGACAUUAUGGAGCUGUAACAAGGAGCGACCCGGUUGUUUAUUCCUGAGAGGAAAUAGCGGCUCUUUACGCACACACCGGAGAGGAUCCCUCCGACGGACAAGAAUGAGGGCCUUGUCUGCGUCGCGAUGCGUCCCAGUUAGUUAAAGAUGGUUCAGCGAAGGGUGCCAGACGGUGAUGGAGGAGCAGAUGAUGGACUCAACGAUGGCCGUGUAGAAUUGUACCAUCAUUCUCCCUGGCAGGUUGAAUUUCCUCAGCUGCCUCAGGAAGAACAUCCUCUGCUGGGCCUUCUUGGUGAUGGAGCCGAUGUUCAGCUCCCACUUGAGGUCCUGGGAGAUGAUGGAGCCCAGGAAGCGGAAGGACUCCACAGCGUCACUUUGGAUGAAUGGAAAAAUACAACACUGACUUGAAAUUCUAUUGACUGUUUCAGCCCAUAAAUAAUUCAUAAACAGUUACUAAUCGGUCGAUUAAACCGAUUAGUCGACGAGGAUUUGUUUUUGUUGGUGUAGGACAGCUGUAGUUAAUAUGCUGACAUUACUAACAUGUAAACAAGGUCAACAUUAUAACUGCUCAACAUCAGGAUGUUAACACUAGUUAUUGUUAGUAUGUUGGCAUUAGCAUUUAGCAUGUAAUAUAGUCUCUAGUGAUAGUGGAUGAAAACAUUCAGUGAUAAAGCACAUCCUGCCAUCCCUCCUCUCGGAGUGCAGGCCUGUAAACUGAAACAUGUUACAGUUUAUCAUACAUGUGCUUUUUUCUCUCUCACAUUAUCCAGUUUGAAAAAGCACGACACUCUUUCUGUUGCUCGUGUUGUCAAAUAAAAUGCCUGUCUAGUUUAGCAGAGUCAAUCUUUCCAGGAGUGUCCUCUCCAAUGGAAGCAACACAUUAGUUCCUUUCUGGGAUAAAAAGUGGGCAUCUUCCAAAUUUCCAUGGUAUCAAUGUGAAUGUUUGAACUGAUCUGCAAAGCUGGCUAUUUACAGCUAAAAAUAAUAUAUAUUUUUUAUUAUGCAAACAAGCAACGCAGACCUCACUUUCUUAAGUAUGUCGUCUUUCCCCCCUCCCCUUUAACUCCUCACAUUCAGCUGAGAGUUCUUCACACCCGGCCGCUUUCUGAUGUCGACAUUUCUUUCUGUCAUGAGAGGGAUCUCAUGGGGCUGCAGAAAUCCACUCUGGGUGUCUUAAGUAGUCCCAAAACAAUUUGACACCUGUCUGAAGGUACAGCAGGCAGCCAAAGUCGAUUAAGAUAUCGCGUCUCUCUCUCUGGUCAUCUGACUUUGCCUGUUAUUGUUCUCUCUCCUGCAUAUCUGUCAUCGCUGCUGUGUAGCCAUGCAGAGGGAGAGUAAUGCACCACAAUCUCCAGUCUCAUCGGUGCAUCUGUGCUGCUAUUUUAUGAAUCAUCUCUUUGUGAGUCUGCAUAUAAUCAUAUCUGCUUCCUUUUUUCUUCUUCUUUUCUUUCCUGCAUCCUCAGGUCCUCUGUGGUUAUGCUUCCUCCCGUGGUUAUGGUUGCACCAGUAAGCAGUCAGGAAUGUCCUCCUUCCGCCGAUGACAUGGUUUAACCCACGCACGAUCCGGUCACCGUGAUGGCCUCCAUGGUUGCCAAUGGAAACCCAGAUGGGCAGUCUCUGGUCCUCAAAGGGGUGGAUCCAGAGACCUGCAUGAUUGUGUUCAAGAACCACUGGUCUCAGGUGGUGAAGAUUCUGGAAAAGCAUGAUCCCCUGCGCGGCAGCUCCACCCUGGCCUCCCUCAAUGUCCUCCCUCUCUCCGCCGGCAGCUCGCCUCGCCCUCGGCCCCGUGGCGGAAGCGAGGCAGCUGCGGGUUCGACGUUCGCUGAGUGCAUGCUGUUCCCGCUGAUGAGGGAGCGAGCAGCGUCCCAUGGGCCCAUGGAGGGCCAGGGAGUGAUGGAUGGAGGCGUGAUGGAGUGCCUCGUGUGGAGGGAGUUCUGGAGUUCACUGAAGCUGGAGCAGCUCAAGCAGCUCAAGAUGCUGGUGAUGCUGUGUGGCCAGCCCCUGCUGCACCACAAGCCCAUCCUGCGGCCGCUCAUCAUGCUGCUGUCUGCUGCCUGCGGGCGCGCGCAGCGCUGUGAAGGGCCGCUGCUGGUGCUGCUGCUCAACCAGCUGUGCUGCGUUCUGGCCAAAGACCCCUCCAUCCUGGAGCUGUUCUUCCACACCAGCGAGGACCAGGGAGCCACCAACUUCCUCAUCUUCUCCCUGCUCAUCCCCUUCAUCCACCGGGAGGGCACGGUGGGCCAGCAAGCCAGAGACGCCCUGCUGCUCAUCAUGUCGCUGUCGGCUGAGAACGAGCGCGUGGCCAAACACAUCGCGGAGAAUACCUACUUCUGUCCGGUUCUGGCCACGGGGCUGAGCGGCCUGUACUCGUCUCUGCCCACGAAGCUGGACGUCCCCAGUGCGGACUGGCACUGCCUGCACAAAGAGGACUGGCUCCGGAUGCCGCCCCUCGUCCAGUUCCUCAACUCGCUGGAGUUCUGCAACGCUGUAAUUCAGGUGGCCCACCCGGAUAUCAGAGACCAGCUGGUGAGCUACAUCUACAACGGAUUCCUCGUGCCUGUCCUAGCGCCCGCCCUCCACAAGUUGACCCUGGAAGAGGUGAUGACCACCACAGCAUACCUGGACCUCUUCCUGAGGACCGUGUCUGAGCCCACGCUGCUGCAGACCUUCCUCUCCUUCGUCCUCCUCCACCAACAUGAGAGCGUCCACAUUCUAGACACUCUGGUCAGCCGCAUCAACACGCCGUUCCAGUUGGGCACCGUGUCCCUGGGACUUUUCCGCACUCUGAUUGGCUUAUACUGUGAAGACGUGAUGCUGCAGCUCAUAUUGAGGUACCUGAUCCCCUGUAAUCACAUGAUGUUGAGUCAGAGGCGUGUUGUUGGGGAGAGGGACUGCUACUCUGUGUCAGCAGCCAAGAUCCUGGCAUUAACGCCGUCCUGCUGCUCGCCCGAUCACAGCCCCCCGCCGCUCCGACAGCUGGAAUCCAUCCUAUUUUCCAAGGGUGCGGAGACUCCCAACAACACCAGCGCCACGGAAGAGAGGGAGCGCUUCUCGGAGGAUGACGACGGCUCGGGUAACUCCUGCACCAUCGGCUCGGAGCUCUACAUGGAUGUCAGUUAUCUUCAUUACCUCUACGACGCCCGUCUGAGCAUCAGCGGCUGCAUACGGGCCUGCCAGGUUUGGUCCGCCCCGUACGACGGCGAGGACCCCCCGCCGGAGAAAUACCAGCCCGGCGUCCUCGAGGAGAAGAAUUGGCAAACCCAGAUGGCGUUCAAGCGAGUUCCACCGCCGCCAGCGCCUCGGCCCUGCCCGCCGCCCACAACGGAGCCGCCCUCCAUCACCCAGCAGGAGCUGGAGUGGGACGAUAGCUACGACGCGUGCCCGGUGCAGACCGGACAGGCCCCGGUGGAGCCGACACGUCCACGGUCGCCCCCUGCUGAGCCCCCGAAGCACAUCCAGGAGAUGAGGAAAACCGCCAUCAUGUUCGUGCAAGGUUCGUAUAUUGAGGAGAACGAGUUCCAGGACGACGUCAUGGUGUACGACCUCGUCGCCAAGAAAGACACCAGAGAUAUUGAAAGCGGGUCCGAAUCGGAGAAAACCCAACCGGGAUCAUCGGAGGUUCCCCUAAAAAACUCUGCGACGGCUCAUAAAAACCCGUCGGACACAAAGGCCAAAGGUCAGACGGACAACGCCGCGGCCGCCGAGCCGGGCGACGACCUUCUGUCUCAGUACGAGGAGCUCAUUCGCACGCUGGACACCAAAGCGGGCGGAGAGAUGAAGAAGCCCGUCGCACCUGCGGAGGAGGAGGACGAGGAAGAGGAGAUGGAUUUCGCCUCCUUCUCUGCUGAGACGCCAGAGCCAGAGAAGCUGCAGUCGCCGUUCGGGCCCAAAUUUGGCAGCGGAGGCGCGGCGAGAAAGCAGUCGGUGCCGUUCACCGGUCCGUUCGUCAGCGUGCUGCUGUCUCGUCUGGAGAACAUGCACAGCAACACGCUCCACGUCAACCUGCUGCUGACGGGCAUCCUGGCCCAGCUGGCGGCCUACCCUCAGCCCCUGCUGCGCUCCUUCCUGCUCAACACCAACUUGGUGUUCCAGCCGACGGUUCGCUCCCUUUACCAGGUACUGGCCAUCGUGAAGAACCAGAUAGAAGAGCAGGCCGCCACCAGAACAGACUUCCCAGAGCUGAUCACUGCCGCCCAACACUGGCUGCUGGUCAGGGAGACUUCAGAUGACGGCAGUAGCUCCUCCCCCGGCGAGGCGGGAAGGAUGAUGAAGAGCUCGCCGAAGCCCAAACACAAAGUCAUCUCUCUGGAGCGGACAGAAGUCUUCGCCACCGUCCUCUUCACGGAGUUCCUCAAAGAACUGGCUGCUAUCGCACAAGAGCACUCCAUCUUAUCGUACAUUCCUAUGGAAGAGUGAUGGGGUCCCAGUGGAGUCCAGUGACUCUGAAAGACUUCUAAAGACUCUUAUUUGGGUUUUUUAAAACUAUGAUCUUCCGGUCUUUUUUCAGGCACACAGUCAUAGCACACUUUAUUUCUACCCCAAGCAAAGAUAAUCAGUUUAUAAUACUUUUAAAUGAAAUCUUUCUACUUCUGUAAAGAGAAGAAGGAAGGCGUUAGAAUCUGAGCGGUUAGCUGCACCGGCCCGAUAAUGCUGGUCAGAGCGAGCUCCAGGUCCACCAACCAAAGACUGUACGGAGAAGAUUUGAGCAAAAACAGCAACAUUUUCCGAAGCAAUCAUCAACUCUUAUCUGGACCUCCGGAUGCCGCUGCGCCGUGCGGUUCCGUUAAAUACUCAGGUGGCUUUUUCGGAGAGUUGUUGCCUCUUUGCCGGAGGAUUACGCACCACGUGGAGCCUCGACGGCUCUCGCAGAAUUAACAGCAUUACAAUGUCAGUUGAAGAUUAACCGUUGGAGCCGACAUCGUCACACUUCCAAACCUCUCACGCAGACGUUACGUGACAACUUUCUUUUGGGGCAAAACCGGUGGGUCACUUUUUUUUUGUCGUUGGACUUUGGUGUUGAGUGUACAUUUUGUUUUGGUGUUUUUCCCGUCAAUUCAUGACGGUACCUCAGGAGUCUCUCGCGCACGUCCUCUAAACGACCUUCGGGUGAAGCCGCUUCACCACAGUGCACUGGUUUCUCGCAUCAGUGGGCUUCACGUCUUCUCUAGACCUCAUCUCCGAAACCAGAAUUAUUCAUGCUAUAUUUAAUUUGCCUUACUUUAGUGAUGCUUUAUGAUGUACAUAUUGUUGGAAUCAAAGUUAUAAUGACAUGGGACACUAUGCAAAUCUUGGAUAUUUUGGGUAUAACUAGAUAUUUUCAGAAUGGGAAGGGGUAUUUAAGAGUUUCUAUCGCCAUAUUAGUUUUUUUCACGUGGCUAUAUUAAAGGCUAGUUGUUACGGUUUGUGAUCAUUUUCUAUUGAGGGAUUGUGUCGGGUUUUGUAGUUGUGAUAAGUCUCACGUCACUGCUACGUGAGUCGGAGUUUUGCAUCUGUUGGAAAAUAUCUCGCAUUUUAACGGUUACAGAGGUUAAAAUGUUGAACAUUGCCUUCCUUUUAGUCCAAGUAUUUCACAUGGAAUGAGACGAUACAAUAUGUAUAUUUUGUUACAAAUCAUGCCUCAGCUUUCUUAAUGAAUUUACCAGGACAGAAAUGCUUCAUUAGUGCCUAAAUUAUGAUUUCUGAUCACAUUAAUGCCUGAAUUCAAAUGGAUUUACACAGGAAUUGAUUAUUUCUCUUGAAGUUGUCCAUUGUCAAAUUGACACUCAACAUAUUUUAUUCCUCCACAGAAGACACUUAAAAGAUGUUAUUUUUUAACAAACCAGGUUUCUAGGAAUGCAACCAUCUUGCCUCAUCCAUUCACGACUGGAUGUCAAGAUAUAUUUAAUAUAAUGUGGACAUUUACCUCGGAAAAAGUCAUUUAAAAAAUAUUUUUAUAUAUAAGAUGUCUGAGAUAAUGGACUGCUUCGACAACAUCUUAAAAGUAAUUAAAUUUAUUAGGACAUAAGUGUAAGUUGUAAGUCUUUCAAAACGACACUCUGUUUAUCAUUAUCAUCUCAAGACAAAGAAUUGUGUUUCACUUUAGUCUUAAACCUGGAUUGUGUGUUUGUUCUUUUCAUCUUGCAAUAGAUCGUGCGAUGGGAUCUUUAUUUGUACACGAAGGGCUUGGAAGUGUAUAUUUCUCAGAGUGGUGAAAGUAUUUCUCUCUGGUAAAAGACUGUUACUGAGCGCUCGAUGUUUUUCACACUACAGUCUCACUGCAGACACCUCAGCCAGCACACACACAUUCAGGCUGGGUAACAAGCCCAGCACAGUAUGACAAUCUCUGUUGUGGCAGCAUUGUGUCAUGAAGAUGUGCAUUAUAGACACGAUUCUGUCUCCGUGGGGUUUUUAUUCCAAAGAUUCAACCUGUCUUACACCAUUCGGCCUCAGUUUUCUGUCCAAGACCCAAAGGCACGCCUCUUUUAAUAAAGACAACUUCUGGUAAAUGAAA